CGACAUCUUAUUUUCAUGCAAAUGAUUCGAGGCAUAAAUGGCUGACUGACUGGUGUGCAGCAUUCUGCUUGGUAACAUUGGAGCCACCUCCACAACUCGCUAUUCCGCGUUCAAUGUUCACUGUAACUCUGUGUGCUGAGUGUUCGCGUCCACCAUGACGCAUGCAGAACUGGAUCAUCGUCGCUCAUUGCCUCUUUGGGCAGAAAGAGAUUCAGCUUUCCUAUUCGUCCACUCGGUCCUUCGAGAUGAGCCAAAUAACAUCUUGUACACCUUGAUGGUCACCUCGCGCGCAAUCUUGAGAUGGUUUCUCCUGGGGCGCGGGAGGAAAAAAGCGGAGAGCAUCGGAGGAAGUCGUAAAGGCGAACGGGUGUCUCCUUGCUACGAGAUGCGGCCAGGAGUCAGUGACCUCAACGUUCCGUUACCGCUAUCCUAUGUCUCAGUCCAAAAGAUGAAAGGUAUGCCUCGAAGGCUGCAAGAAGAAUUCCAAAACGGCACGGAGAAGACCGAGAUGAUGUUGGGAGGGUUGAAUGUUUGGCAGCCCUUAUUCUCGGCUGCACAUGGUAACCCAGAUAUUGGUGUAAAUAGCCCUCUUUGCGGAUGGAACUAUCAACGGCUCGCGUUUGAUCGUCGUUCCUACGGAUCUCUUAAACGUGGCAACGACGCUGAUCGCACGAAGCCAUUCGAUACGCUCAUGGCGAACAUUUGUACUAGGAGAGGAGUCUAUCCAACUCCCUGGGAACUACGCCACACUAUUUACACGCACAUGGAGGUUGUUUAA